AUGUUCUUCCUAGAUAAGCAGUCAGAUGUCCAACAGCCGGUAGAGGAUAAAUACUCAGACCUGCGAUACGACCCAAACUGGAAGAGUAAGAAAGAGGAGAGGAAGUUCUUGACCGUGGAAGCACUGCCAGAGUCUGUAGACAGCUCGACUGAAAAUCUGACUUCAGAUCCACUGUACCCCUCCAAGGAGACGUCCAUGGAACUCCCUGGGGGAAAGGCGGAACAGAAGAGGAGCCCACAGAGCGUUGCCUCCUUACUUGGCAGUGAAUUUUUAAGCCCGAACUAUGAGCGCGGCACCCAUCACAGCCAGCCAUCUUCGGAGCUGAGCGACCGUGAUCUGGAGAAGUCCAGCAAGCUCUCUCGGUGCUUGAAGAGUUCAAGUUCACAUAAUGAGGUUUUUCUGCCAGGAUCACGUGGCCGGCGGCGAAGGAAGUCCAAACAAUAUUUUGUGGAAAAAAACAAGCUGACUCUGGGAUUACCUACUCCUAAAACGGACUCGUAUCUUCAGCUUCACAAUAAAAAAAGGGGGGACGUUCUCUCAGAACAGAUCUCCUACUCCAUCAGUGUAACUGACAAGACGUCCAUUCAGAAUGCCAAAGAGACUGAAAACGCUGCCAUUGAUCCUGUAGACAAAUGGCAUCAAAGAGCCCAACAGUUAAAGAAUCACCAAGGACACUGGUCUCAAUGUGAAAGUGCAAAAUCAAACAACCUACUGAGACGUCAAUCUUCUGAAACCACCAACGGUCAGCAGCCUUCCAGAAAACCAGCCAAGCGCAGCAUCCGGAAACAGCAUCAACGCCAGCGUGGCCUGAGGUCUCUGGUGACUGAGGAGCUGGCUGUCUGUCAGGGAAACCAGAAUAGCACUCCCAGACAGCAACCAAACGAGAAUAAGCCCACUGAUCCUUCAAUAAAGCACGAAACAACUGUAAUUAUGAAUGCCCCGAAUGAUGAUUUACAAGACUCCAGUGCACUUAGGAGCCGGGAUCCCAAAGUAACCUCCAACAAACUUGGCCCAGCACAGCAGGCUUCUGAUAAGGCAUCGUAUAACAACUCUGCUGGACAUCAGUCAGUGACGGAUGUUCACCAACAAAGAGGACACGAAGGCCAAGAAGAGAAAAGACCGUCACGUCAGCAGCCACACAUCCACACUCUUCCCAAUGUGGGCUUGAACCACCUAAACGAACUUAGUAAGAGACAAGUGCCCCUGAGCCAGAAAGGCUCACAGUCUGUUCCUACAGUAAAUGUUAAUGGAUCAACCACAAAUAAGAAGCAACCCAAGCAGAUUUACACAGAGACGAAAUAUAAGAACUUAGAAAUACUAUGGAAAUUCCAUUCUCCCUCUGACAGCCAGCCUGUCAGAGCUUCUCCGGACUCACAGCUCGCUCAGAUCAUGGAGCAUCAUCAGCAGGCCUUAAAGCAGCUGACGGAGGUGCAGCCUAACGAAGGGGCCUCGCCCAGCGUCACAUUUCCACCUAUCUUGUCCAGGGUAGAAAGCGAAUCCCAACUCAGCGCGGGGACAAGCCAAAGAAACCAAAUGAACGUGGGUCGGAGCAACUCCGAAGGCUAUCUGUUUCAGCUGGAAAAAGGAAAAAAGCAUAGGAAAAGCAGCAGCACCAAGAGUGCCAAGCUGAAAGGUUAUCAGAAAAGAGACGUGAAGCUUGGAGGCCUUGGACCUGACCUUGAGUCCAUCAGAGACAAAAUGCAGAAAUUAAUCCAAAAAAAGGAAUACGCCAGACAAGUUCAGGAGUAUAACACCAAGACGCUUUCCCUCCUGCCGAAACCACAAACGGCAAAAACCAAAAGUAAAUCUGCCAUCCCUCGGCAGAAGGCUUUGGAAUAUGCUAAGACCAUCCCCAAACCCAAACCUUCCAAUCUGACUGAUCGAGCAUUGAAGGAGAAGAAAAAUCCAACCUAUGCUCGAAAGGAAGACGCUCUGCCUGAAAUCUCCCUGCUGGAAAUACUGCAGAGCAGGCACGAAAGGGAAAAACAGGCUGUGGCCGCUUUCAAAGCCCUUCACAUUGUGUAGACAACACAUGUAUCAGAGACCAAAAAUGCCCGGGGACUGGACACGGAGGAAGAGGGCCAACCAACCUCCCUGCACGGGGAGGGAGGACCCAAUGUCCUCCAGCCGCGGUCCAUGGUCGCUUUGUGCAGAAUUUAAAAUAUGGAGCCGUAAGACAUCAUGGUGCCACAUUUUAGGUUCUACAAAGAAUGUUUUCUUCAUUAUUUAUUUUCAAAUCAGAGUUCUGAACUCAUUCCAUUUGAAUAAGAACUAGGGAAUAAAGGCUUUUAGUUGUAGAUUG